AGGGACACAACGAUGAUCGGACCUCGCGGCCCGACAAGGGUCCGGACUCAUCCACCCCAGCUUUGUCAGUCCUGUCGUGCCGGCCGGUGUCCUUGCUGCAGCUGAGGCUGAGAGCUCUUCUCCUCUUACUCAACCAUACCGAGUUACCCAACUGCUGCGAUUGUCGGCAGAGAAGUCAGGAGCUACGUCGGAGACGUGGGUAGCGUUGACAGUCGUGGUACACGAUGACAAUGCCCGCCAUUACGGAUUUGCCGUUGGACAUACUGGAGCAAAUCGUUCUCGAGCUUGACCCUUUGGACGUGGCAGCAAUCUCGCAGACGUGCUCGGCGUUCUACGCGUACGUCUACGCGUCUUCCGACACGGAGAGACUCUGGCGGACGCUCUACCUGACGCAACCUCUGGAUGACCUUCGGAGAUGCUUCGAACAGCUUGGACACCCUCGCGCUAGCCCAGUCCACUGGAAGAGUCAGCUUCAGCGCGCUAUUCGGGCACGCACCAUCAUAGGCGACCCUGCGAAGUGUCGAUCCGAGGAGCGCUGCACUGUGCUGCAGACCCUACUGGACCUCGCCAGCAACCUACCACCCGCUCCCAGCUUCCUCAGCGAAGAACUUUCCUUGAACCUUGUAUGGCUCGCCGCGUUGCUUCGUGGAGGGACGUUCUUGGAUCACAAGCUGUGGGAGCCAUCCGACGAGGAGCGCCAGCUGCGAUGCCGGCUGCACGCGUACUACGGCCUGACGACGGCGGACUACCGCAAGGAGAACCUUACUCAGUCGCGGGCGUAUGUGUAUGACAUGCGGAGGUAUACGUGGGGCAACGACUUCGGUCCGUACCAGAUGGACGGGAGCGGGCGCGUGAACUGGGAGCAUGUCCAGGCGAUCCACCAUGCCAUGUCCAUGCAGGUCGUCCCGCCUCAAGAGGACGCUGACGGGGAGCAGACGGUGUUCACGAUAUUCCCGUUGAGCUUGCCGUAUUGCCAGAGCAUUAUCCCUGCGGACGUGGAUCUCAGCCAAGAGCGGGACUGGGCGGGUGUGACGGGUUCAUGGCAGUGUUCGUUCUGCUUCUGUGAUCAUCGUCAGCUAUUGGUGUUGAACAACUUCACUCUCAAUGACGGGGAACCGGUAGGCCCUGAUCAAGAUAGGCCGUUAGCGAUGGAAGUCCUGGAAGACGAAGACUUUGUCGAGGUCUUUCGCUCUAUCAACGUCGAGAUGCGGGUCAUCUCCAUCGAGGCGGACCCAGCGCACCCCGGCCGUCCGAAGAUCAACUGGUUCGGCUCGAUCGGUCCCUUCGCGACUAUGGUGGGCUCCGUGUAUCUAACGCCGGACGAUCAGAUCCGCUGGCACUUCGUGAGUAAUGCGAUGUGGAGCUCGGAAGGCAUUCAGAUCGGGGGCGUGCGCUCUAGCUAUGGCGUAUUGGGUUCAUGGACAACUGUUCACCAUGAAGCGCAUGAUCCUGUUGGGCCGUUCUGGCUACGAAAGAUACACCCGACUCAUCAAGGUGACUCGGCGGGGGCCACUAACUAGGAUAUCUGAUCGAUGUAGUGUCUUCAGUGCUGUCAACAAAACGGAGCAUUACACUGGCUUGCCGCGCUGUCGGGCUGUCCUGACCUGUGCAUGGCUUCAAGCCAGCGAAGGUAUCGUGGCGCUCCUCAACCAUCGCGUGUCGCCGUUCCAAGCUUCAAGCUUGACUGGAAGCUUGAGGCACGCUCAUCCUCGAAGUUGCGGGGAAACGGUGCACGGAUGAGUCGGAACGACUCGCGCUCGGUCCGUAGAGGUCCCACAUAAGUAACUGAUACCGCAUAUAAGAUCAGUGUUAGUGUAUAGAAAAUACUAAGUGAUCAUUACACCAUUGUGU